AACAGGAUCGUCUUCCAGGAAUUCCGGCAGCGGUAUGAAAUCCUGGCUCCCAACGCCAUCCCCAAGGGCUUCAUGGACGGGAAGCAGGCCUGCAUCCUGAUGAUCAAAGCCCUGGAAUUGGAUCCCAACCUGUUCAGGAUUGGCCAGAGCAAGAUCUUCUUCCGGACUGGCGUCCUGGCCCACCUGGAGGAGGAGCGAGACCUCCGGAUCACCGACAUCAUCAUCUCCUUCCAGGCCCAAUGCCGGGGCCACCUGGCCAGAAAGGCUUUUGCCAAGAGGCAGCAGCAACUGACAGCCAUGAAGGUCAUCCAGAGGAACUGCGCAGCUUACCUGAAGCUGAGGAACUGGCAGUGGUGGAGACUCUUCACCAAAGUGAAGCCGCUGCUGCAGGUCACCCGGCAGGAGGAAGAGAUGCAGGCCAAGGACGAGGAGCUGAGGAUGGUGAAGGAGAGGCAGUUCAAGGCCGAGGCGGAGCUGAAGGAGCUGGGGCUCAAGCACAGCCAGCUGAGCGAAGAGAAGAACCUGCUUCAGGAGCAGCUGCAGGCCGAGACGGAGCUCUACGCGGAGGCCGAAGAGAUGCGGAUCCGCCUGGCUGCCAAGAAGCAGGAGCUGGAGGAGAUCCUGCACGAGAUGGAGGCCCGGCUGGAGGAGGAAGAGGAGCGCGGGCAGCAGCUGCAGGCCGAGAAGAAGAAGCUGCAGCAGCAGAUGCUGGACUUGGAGGACCAGUUGGAGGAGGAGGAAGCUGCGAGGCAGAAGCUGCAGCUGGAGAAGGUCACCGCGGAAGGGAAGAUCAAGAAGAUGGAGGACGAUAUCUUGGUCCUGGAAGACCAGAACAACAAGCUCUCCAAGGAAAGGAAGCUCCUGGACGAAAGAGUCAGCGACCUGACGACCAACCUGGCCGAAGAGGAGGAGAAAGCCAAGAACCUGACCAAGCUGAAGAACAAGCACGAGUCCAUGAUUUCGGAACUGGAAGUCCGCCUGAAGAAGGAAGAGAAAUGCCGGCAAGAACUGGAGAAAAUGAAGCGGAAGCUGGAGGGGGACUCGAGCGACCUCCACGAGCAGAUUGCCGACCUCCAGGCCCAGAUUGCUGAACUGAAGAUGCAGCUGGCCAAGAAGGAGGAGGAGCUGCAGGCCGCCCUGGCCAGGCUGGAAGACGAGAUGAGCCAGAAGAACAAUGCGCUGAAAAAGAUCCGGGAGUUGGAAGCCCACAUCUCGGACCUGCAGGAAGACCUGGACUCUGAGCGAGCGGCACGCAACAAGGCCGAGAAGCAGAAGCGGGACCUGGGCGAGGAGCUGGAGGCCCUCAAGACGGAGCUGGAAGACACCUUGGACAGCACGGCUACCCAGCAGGAGCUCAGAGCGAAGAGGGAGCAGGAGGUGACGGUCCUGAAGCGAGCGCUGGAGGAGGAGGCGCGAGCCCACGAGGCCCAGGUGCAGGAGAUGCGCCAGAGGCACACCCAGGCCGUGGAGGAGCUGGCCGAGCAGUUGGAGCAGUUCAAGCGGGCCAAGGCCAACCUGGACAAGACCAAGCAGACGCUGGAGAAGGGCAAUGCGGACCUGAGCAAUGAGAUCCGGUCGCUCAGCCAGGCCAAGCAGGAGGUGGAGUACAAGAAGAAGAAGCUGGAGGGGCAAAUGCAGGAGCUGCAGUCCAAGUUUGCCGAGGGGGAGCGAGUCCGGACGGAGCUCAACGAGAAAGUCCACAAACUGCAGGCAGAGGCUGAAACCAUGGCGGUUCUCCUGAACGAAGCCGAGGGCAAGAGCAUCAAGCUGACCAAAGAUGUGGUGACUCUGAGCUCCCAGCUGCAGGACACCCAGGAGCUGCUGCAGGAGGAAACUCGGCAGAAGCUCAACCUGUCCACCAAGCUCCGGCAAAUGGAGGACGAGAAGAACGGCCUGCAGGAACAGCUGGAGGAAGAGGUGGAAGCCAAGCAGAAUCUGGAGAGGCAGAUUUCAACGUUAAACGUGCAGCUCUCAGACUCCAAGAGGAAGAUGCAGGAGUAUCUGGGCACCAUUGAGACCAUGGAGGAAGGCAAGAAGAGGCUCCAGAAGGAAGUCGAGGGCCUCACCCAGCAGUUUGAGGAAAAAGCGGCUUCCUACGACAAACUGGAAAAAACCAAGAACCGGCUUCAGCAGGAGCUGGAUGACCUUGUGGUCGACCUGGAUAACCAACGUCAGAUGGUUUCGAACCUGGAGAAGAAGCAGAAGAAAUUUGACCAGAUGCUGGCGGAGGAGAAGAACAUCUCUUCCAAAUAUGCUGAGGAACGAGACCGCGCCGAGGCCGAAGCCAGAGAGAAGGAGACCAAAGCCCUGUCACUGGGCCGGGCUCUGGAAGAGGCCCUGGAAGCCAAGGAGGAGCUGGAGAGGGCCAACAAACUGCUGAGAGCAGAGAUGGAAGACCUUGUGAGCUCCAAGGAUGACGUUGGCAAGAACGUCCAUGACCUGGAGAAGUCCAAGCGGGCCCUGGAGCAGCAGGUGGAGGAAAUGAAGACUCAGCUGGAGGAGCUGGAGGACGAGCUGCAGGCCACCGAGGAUGCCAAGCUGAGGCUGGAAGUCAACAUGCAAGCGCUGAAGGGGCAGUUCGAGAGGGACUUGCAAGCCCGCGAUGAGCAGAACGAAGAGAAGCGCCGGCAGCUGCAGAAGCAGCUCCACGAACUGGAGGUAGAGCUGGAAGAUGAGCGCAAGCAACGGGGCCUGGCAGCGGCCGCCAAGAAGAAGCUGGAGGUGGACCUCAAAGACCUGGAAGGGCAGAUGGACUCAGCCGUCAAGGGCCGUGAAGAAGCCAUCAAGCAGCUGCGGAAACUGCAGGCCCAGAUGAAGGACUUCCAGCGGGAGCUGGACGAUGCCCGGGCCGCCCGGGAAGAGGUCUUUGCCACCGCCCGGGAGAACGAGAAGAAAGCGAAGAACCUGGAGGCAGAGCUGAUGCAGCUGCAAGAGGACUUGGCUGCCGCAGAGCGGGCCCGGAAGCAGGCCGAGCAGGAGAAGGAGGACCUGGCUGAAGAGCUGGCCAGCUCUGUCUCGGGGAGGACCAGCCUGCAGGACGAGAAGCGCCGCUUGGAGGCCCGCAUCUCCCAGGUGGAGGAGGAGCUGGAGGAGGAGCAGGGCAAUAUGGAGGCCAUGAGCGACCGCUUCCGCAAGGCGGUGCAGCAGUCGGAGCAGCUGAGCAACGAGCUGGCCACGGAGCGGGCCGCAGCGCAGAAGAACGAGAGCGCCCGCCAGCAGCUGGAGCGGCAGAACAAGGAGCUGAGGUCCAAGCUGCAGGAGAUGGAGGGGGCCGUCAAGUCCAAGUUCAAGGCCACCAUCUCGGCCCUGGAGGCCAAACUCAGCCAGCUGGAAGAGCAACUGGAGCAGGAGUCCAGGGAGAAACAGGCGGCGGCCAAGGCCCUGCGCCAGAAGGACAAGAAGCUGAAGGAGACUUUGCUGCAGGCGGAGGACGAGAGGAAGCAGGCCGAGCAGUACAAGGACCAGGCAGACAAGGCCAGUGCCCGGGUGAAGCAGCUGAAGCGGCAGCUGGAGGAGGCGGAGGAGGAGUCCCAGCGCAUCAACGCCAGUCGCCGGAAGCUGCAGCGGGAGCUGGAUGAGGCCUCGGAGAGCAACGAGGCCCUGGGGCGGGAGAUGGUGGCCCUGAAGAGCAAGCUCAGGCGCGGGAACGAGCCGGUGUCCUUCGGCCCCCCACGCCGAUCGGGGGCUGCUGGUGGCGGCAGGCGGUCGGUUGAAAAUGCUGCCGAAGGCUCCGAGGAGGAAGGAGACCCCCGGGACGCAAACUUCAACGGAACAAAACCCAGCGACUAACCAGCUGCCCCUCCACCCCGCUUGCUCGUUUGGCUGCUGCCCCAAAGGAAAGGGGGGGGCCCUUAGCAGCACUCUAGGCCGCUUCGCCUGCCCCAAAGCCACGUCCUCCGACCACAGCUGCCUUUCCUCCCGCCGCUGUAGACACUCCUAGCCGUGGUGGCCUGUCGUAGCCGCGCAGCUGCCUUUCUGCAAGGGAGACGCCGUGCCUGGGCAACCAGACCAGGGCCGCCCCCCACAGUUGCUCCGUAGCCCUAGGAGAAAGCCCACUUGCCUUGCUCCCCGCCCCCACAAAUUCUUGUGCUUCCCUGUUGCUUCCAGACUUUCAGAAGGCACCCCAACAUUUGCCAAACCCCAAGUGCCUUUUUGAGUCACUGCUUUGGGGGGGGAGGGAGGGGGGGGAGGGACAGGACGAGAAAACAACUCUCACUACUUGGGAUGACCUUUGUGCUUCACACACACACA